CCGCCCCCGCCCCCGCCGCCGGCAGAAGAUGGAGGCCCCGGGCUCCCCCUACGCCUCCUCGCCCGAGUCCGCGCCCAAGCGCGCGCCCCGCUCCUCCCCGCCGCCCCCUCCCCCGCAGGACCACCACGACGCCGACCACGACGCCGCCGACCCCGAAGAUGACAAGGAGAAGCCAACGCAUUUGAGGUUUCUGGUGUCUAAUACAGCAGCAGGAUGUAUUAUUGGCAAGGGUGGUUCAACUAUUAAUGACUUCCAAUCUCAGUCUGGGGCUCGUAUUCAAUUAUCGCGCAGCCAUGAGUUUUUCCCUGGUACAAAUGACAGAAUCAUCAUGGUCUCUGGACUGUUUGACGAAGUAGUUAAGGCCAUGGAGUUGGUUCUUGAGAAACUCUUAUCUGAGGGGGAAGAAUCUAAUGAAGCUGAAGCCAGGCCUAAAUUUAGACUUGUAGUUCCUAACAGCUCAUGUGGUGGAAUUAUUGGUAAAGGAGGAGCAACAAUCAAGUCAUUCAUUGAAGAUUCACAUGCUGGAAUCAAAAUUUCACCGCAGGACAACAACUUUGUUGGUUUGCAUGAUAGGCUUGUUACUAUCACAGGACCCUUAAACAGUCAGAUGCGAGCCAUACAUUUGAUAUUAAGCAAGUUGUCUGAGGAUGUUCACUACCCACCCAAUUUGAGUUCCCCAUUUCCAUAUGCAGGCCUUGGUUUCCCUAGUUACCCUGCCGCUGUUCCUGUUGGCUAUAUGAUUCCACAGGUGCCAUAUAAUAAUGCUGUGAACUAUGGACCUAAUGGGUAUGCUGGUGGUGGUGGUGGUGGUGGUGGUGGUGGUGGAAGGUACCAAAACAACAAGCCUGGUACACCUGUUAGAUCACCUGCUAAUAAUGAUGCCCAAGAAUCACACACCAUAGGUGUUGCUGACGAACACAUCGGUGCAGUUGUAGGGCGUGCAGGAAGGAACAUAACAGAGAUCAUUCAGGCUAGUGGUGCCAGGAUUAAGAUAUCAGAUAGGGGCGAUUUCAUAGCUGGCACAUCUGACAGGAAAGUGACGAUAACCGGAACAUCAGAGGCCAUCCAGGCGGCCGAGGCGAUGAUCAUGCAGAGGGUGACAGCCAGUCAGGAGAGGUGAUGAUGAAUCCAAUCUCCUGGAAAGAUGGAAGGCGCCCUUGCGAGUGUUAGGUGGAAUGAGAGAAUUUGUUUUGUCUCCCUAGCUUUAGUGAGCUUGAGAAAAAUUUGAAGAUGAUUGCUGUUAUUUAUUCCGUCCUGUCCGGUUGUGCUAGUAACUAGUCGAAAUUAGCCGUGUUUUUUCCCGCCAGCCCGCAAUAGAAUCAUCAUAUACUUUAUGUCAACAGAUUUGACAGUCUCCAUAACACAAAAACAAACGCUACCUGUUUUGGGGA